AUGGGACACGGACCCACUGUUGCGGCACCGGGUGAACGACUGCGGAAAUUUUUCGUGGCCCUACCAGAUUUUGCAAAUACUGUAAGAACCAGUACUGCUUUCGAUAACUCGGAGCAGGCCAUUCCCGAAGUGAGCAAAGUCCCUUCAUUACGCGAGCAAUGGAACUGCGCUAAGUUUGUGCUUCUGAGCCACUUCACCGUUGAACUUCCUCAAAUCUGGUUUUUCCACCCAAUGGCCCAGUUCUGCGGUCUAUCAACUUCGAUUCCUUUUCCAUCUCCCUGGACUAUGACAUAUCAGAUUGCAAUAUUUUUCGUGAUGGAGGACACUUGGCACUAUUUUUUCCACCGAGCUCUUCAUUGGGGUCCACUCUACAGGGCUAUUCAUAAAGUUCACCAUCAGUAUUCCGCACCAUUUGGUUUGGCCGCCGAAUAUGCUUCCCCUAUUGAAGUGAUGAUUCUCGGCUUCGGGACAGUCAGUUCCCCGAUCCUCUGGUGUGCUUUCACCGGUAAUCUACAUAUUCUCACUAUGUAUAUCUGGAUUGUGUUGCGCUUGUUCCAGGCUAUCGAUGCCCACAGUGGCUACGAAUUUCCUUGGAGUCUUCACCAUUUCUUACCUUUCUGGGCUGGUGCUGAUCAUCACGACCUCCACCAUGAGAAAUUCAUUGGGAACUACUCAAGCAGCUUCCGCUGGUGGGACUACCUCCUUGACACUGAAUACACCCCGGAUGCCCUGAAGCGCCGAAGAGGGAAAAAGGUGAAGGCAAACAAGACACAAUGA